AUGGCAGCUUCAAUGGUGGUUGUCUUGUUGAUGUUGCUGGUGUGCCCAUUACGUGCACAACAGUAUCCGGACUGUGCCAAUGGCCCUCUUUCAAACAACUCAGUCUGCGACACUUCGUUGCCAGCGAAGGAACGAGCCCGAGCGCUGAUUGACGCAAUGACGGUGCAAGAAAAACUCAACCUCACGCACAACAACUCUCCAGGGGUACGGAGACUUGGCUUACCACCCUACAAUUGGUGGGGUGAGGCUCUCCAUGGAGUUGCUGCAGCACCAGGGGUCCAAUUCGCUAGCUCUGGAAAUUGGUCCUACGCGACUUCUUUCCCACAGCCCAUCUCGAUGGCAUCAUCUUUCGAUGACGACCUAUUCUAUGCAAUUGGGACUGUGAUUAGCACUGAGGCAAGAGCAUUCAACAACGCAAAUCGAUCUGGUCUUGAUUAUUGGACGCCAAAUAUCAAUCCUUUCCGCGACCCGCGAUGGGGUCGUGGUCAAGAAACACCAGGAGAGGAUACAUAUUUGGUCAAGCGAUACAUCGACACUAUUGUGACUAGCAUGCAAGGUGGUCGCAAUCCUAAGUCCUAUAAGAUUAUCGCGACAUGUAAGCACUACACAGCGUACGAUCUGGAGGGAUGGGAAGGAAACACCCGUUAUGGUUUUGAUGCAAUCGUCAACCCCCAGGACCUCAGCGAAUACUACAUGCAACCAUUUCAGCAGUGUGCAAGGGAUACCAAGGUUGCCUCGAUCAUGUGUUCUUACAAUGCCAUCAACGGUGUGCCUGCAUGCGCAAACUCGUACACCAUACAAUCCGUUCUCCGGGGUCACUGGAACUGGACUGCCGAUGAAAAUUACAUCACUUCUGAUUGCACUGCCAUUCAGAACAUGUUCACAGAUCAUCGUGCGUUCGAUACAAGGCAGCAGACGGUGGCAGCAGCAUUGAAUGCCGGCGUUGAUGUCGAUUGCGGAUACUACAAUCCCACUUUUUUGCCCUCCGCAUAUUCAAUGGGUCUUGUAGAGGAGUCGAUACUAGACCGAUCACUCUUGCGUCUAUAUUCAGGUUUGGUGAAAGCAGGGUACUUCGACCCACCGGAAUCACCUUGGAGAUCAGUGGGAUGGGCAAACGUCUCUACACCAGAAGCGGAAGAUCUCGCGCUGAAGGUAGCCGCGGAAGGUAUUGUUCUACUCAAAAAUGACGGUACACUCCCCCUGGCUCCUACGGACCGUAACAUGACCCUUCUCCUCGCUGGGGGCUGGAUCAACGCCACGACACAGCUACAAGGGAAUUACGCCGGCCCAGCGAGGACAUUGAUUUCCCCUUGGAUGGCUCUUCAAAAUGUAUCGAAUGUCAACCUCGUCGUCGUAAAGUGGUUUGAAAAUCCUACAUUACGCGCUAUUGAGGCUCAGGCAGAUGCAAUCCUGUGGAUCGACUCUACAACUGAAGGUGCAGACGAAGGACAAGACCGCAAUACCAUCAGAUGGGAUGCCAUGCAGGUUGAUGCUGUCCAGACACUGGCUACACUGGGUCGGCCGCUUGUUGUGGCGCACAUGGGAGAACAGGUCGACGAUUCCGCACUCCUCAACAACCCGAAUGUCAGCGCCUUGGUCUGGGCUGGCUAUCCUGGCAUGAUGGGAGGUCAAGCACUCAUCAAUAUCAUAACUGGCAAGUCAGUACCAGCAGGCAGAUUGCCCAUCACGCAAUAUCCAGCUCACUAUGUACACCAAGUACCAAUGACAGACAUGAGUUUGCGUCCUAACCCACAAACUGGUAACCCUGGCCGGACGUACAAAUGGUUUGACAAUGCCACGGUUGAGUUUGGGUAUGGAUUGCACUACACCAACUUCUCCACUGUCAUCAAUACACCUCCAAACUCAUCCUUUGAUAUCCAGGCCCUUGUAUCCGCUUGCGAUUUUGCCACCUAUGGCCACGUUGACCAGUGUCCGUUUCACGCCUCCGGUACCAGAUCCUCCUCGCUGUCAGUCAAUGUCACCAACAGCGGCAGCACAGGCUCUGACUUUAUUACUCUUGCGUUCAUUUCUGGGGAGUACGGCCCUGAGCCCCGUCCACUGAAGUCUCUGGUUGCUUACCAGAGAGUAUUUGGUAUCCAACCUGGAGAUUCGCAGGUAGCGAGCCUCAAUCUUACACUGGGCUCAUUGUCAAGGUACGACGAGAGUGGAAAUCAGAUACUAUAUCCUGGUAGCUAUCGUCUUUUGAUAGAUGUGCCGACACAGACGCAGUGGGACUUUGUGUUAACUGGGAGUGAAUACAUGAUGGAUGAGUGGCCUCAGAUGUAG